UAAGCUUAUAGACAGAGGCAAUCGAUUGAAAAAUUGGAAAAAAUCGUUCAAAUUUUAACAACCGGCUGUCUUUUCAAAUGGAUAAUUGUUUGAUAAAAUUACAUAUUUGUUGUAAACUACACUCAUCUGGUUAAAAAUUGUGUCGAUUGCUUACAAUUUUUAAUCGAUUAUCUCUUGUCUUAAUCAGUAAAGAAAUGAUCUGUUAUUCACUUUCAGUUUCAUGUUGUUUCCAUCCGUUCAACUCAACUAAAUAAAUUUCAAUUUAACUGUGAAAAAUGUUCAAUUUUAACCUUCUCAUUGGAGUCCUUUUCGCCCUUGUUGCAAUACAAACCUCUUUCGGGAAAAAGAGACAAUGUUUAGGCCCAAAUUGCGUUCAAGGUUUUAAAAAAGUCCCAAUCAGGAAUAGUUCAUCAGAAGUAACUUUAUCCAAAGUGUGUCCUGAUGAGAAAUCAGUUUGUGAAGACGAUGAAACCUGUUGUGCUCUUGAUAUCGGUGGUUAUGGGUGUUGUGACCCAGAAAAUUCAAGAUGCUGUGGUGAUGGUGUCCAUUGUUGCCCAAAUGAUACUCCCAAAGUCCAUCGAGUACCAUUGACCAGAGAACCAGUUUUACCCAAAGCAACCCCAUUGAUAAAUAAUACAGUAAACUAUGGAGAUUAUGUUUGUCCAGGAGCAAGUUUUGUCUGUCCAUCUGAUAAUACAUGUUGCAAGAUGACUACUGGUGAAUGGGCUUGUUGUAACCUUCCUAAUGCCGUUUGUUGUUCAGAUGGUCUUCAUUGUUGCCCUAAUGGAUUCACAUGUCACAUGGAAAUUGGAAAAUGUGUUAAAGAAACGCGGAAACAGCGAAAAAAUGUUAUUCCAAUCUUGCCUUAGAAUCUGGUUGAUUGAUUAGAUCAAUACAAAUUGUUAUCCAACAAAGUGAGUUAGCAUGUGAUUCAGGCCUUGUGUGAAGUUGCCUGUAACAAAUCAACUGUGUUCAACAGUUUCCUUUGUAACAUUGUUUUAUUGAUCAUUAGAUUAGAUGAGAUCAUGAGCAAUUAAAUAAAGUGCGCACUUUUAAAUGAAA